CCAGCAAGUUUGUUGGUGGACUACGCUGUGAUAGGGGAGGAGGCACCACAUAUGCUCUUAGAGGGGGUCUGAACCUGAUCUUUACUUUUCGUUGAAAGGGCAAAUAAACUCCUGAAGAAAAGGGAGUGAAGAAGACAUGAAGGAUUUGGUGCAGUCAGUCGAACUAGGGGUCUCUCAACGAAAAAGAGUGAGUGGGCUAAAGAAUGAACUUGUUCGAGUGGGACUGGCUGAAUCCCUUUGCACAUAUGUCAUGAUGGUGUUCGGCCUGGGGUCCGUGGCCCAGGUAGUGACAGGACAGGGAGAGUUUGGCCAGUACAUCAGCAUCAAUCUGGGUUUUGGACUGGGUGUUGCUAUGGGGGUUCAUGUUGGAGGGAAGGUCUCAGGGGCUCACAUGAAUGCGGCAGUGUCAUUCACCAUGUGCACGUUUGGCCGCCUUGGGUGGAAGAUGCUGCCUCUGUAUGUUUUUGCACAACUAUUUGGGUCAUUCCUGGCCGCAGCGACAAUCUAUGGCGUCUACUAUGAAGCCAUACACGACUAUUGUGGAGGUAACCUGACUGUAACAGGACCAAAGGCCACAGCAGGUAUCUUUGCCACUUAUCCUGCACCGUACCUCUCCUUGCAUGCCGGAUUCAUUGAUCAGGUGAUCGGCACAGCCAUGCUGCUGCUUUGCUUGAUGGCUUUGUCAGAUCAGAAGAACAAACCGGCGGCAGCGGGAAGCGAGCCCGUCGCAGUGGGCCUCCUGGUGCUGCUCAUUGGCAUUUCUCUGGGCAGCAACAGUGGCUACGCCAUCAACCCGACCAGAGACAUCGCACCCAGGGUCUUCACUGCCAUAGCGGGCUGGGGGGGUGAUGUGUUCAGGUCUGGAAAUGGGUGGUGGUGGGUGCCUCUAGUUGCCCCCCCCAUUGGAGGAAUAUUGGGUGCAGGGCUCUACAAGGUGUUGGUGGAAAUGCACCAUCAACCUGAACAGAAAGAGCGGCUGGUGGAGGAGUUCGAGGAGAGAUUAGCGCUGGAGUAACAUCGGUUCCAAUAUGGCCGUCUGAGGCCGGCCAGCGACGUACAUCCAGUAAAGCUACGUGCACAUCUUUAUGCAUUCAAAAUAUUCCAUCACUACGAGGGACUGGAAAACAAACUGCUCAGAACACUUCAAUAAGGUUUCUAAUUUCUCGAGCAACACAUACUAUAUAACAUAUUUUAAACAGUGAUGCGAAGGCUAAUUGCUCUGAUUAUGUCUAUGGUAGUUAUAGUAACUACAUUAGAUCAAAAGGUUGAAAAUGAUGAGCCAUUUUUUAUGCAUUUGAGAUGAAACACAGAUUUUGUGGCGUAUAUUUAAUUUUUAUUCUAGUGAGGUAAUAGCAGCUUAAAUAACUUGGGAAGACAUCUUACAUAAUAAUCAACAAGGGGGCACUUGCAUCAUCUUUGAACCUAGAUCGGAUGUUAAGGAACUGCCCCCCCUACAUUGCACUUAAUAAAAAUGUAUCUUUGGGAAAAUAUAAAAAGGGACAGUGGUAGUUAGCUUCUCAUGACUUAAAAGGGCAGCAGCCCAACCGAAGAGAAUACGAGCAUUCAUCUUUAAAACAAUCCAGUGCACAGGAGCCUAAAGCCAAACAUGUAACAGUGUUUGGAUUAACGUUGUUGGAGUCCCAAGGUACUUGAACCAGAAAGUUAAUCCUAGAUAUCUAUCAAGUCUGCUCGUCAGGAUACUUUUGGCAUCAAGAGCCCUAAAUAGAUAAAACUAGCAUGCGAGUAUGAAAUGCUGGAAAACAACCUCCUCAUAUCAGUUCAUUGAUGUUAAGUUUUCAUUGAUAGUCAGCAGAGUACAUACAAAAAUAAUAA